UCAACACAAGUAUAAAAAAAACACAACAAAUGCAAACAACUAGAACACAAGAUAAACCCAAUCUCAUCCACAUAAUGAAUGAACUACAAGACACAACUCGAAACCUUAAAAAAUGGACACUUCCAGGCGCGCUAAGCUAUAACUUCAAAACAAGGUAUUGCACCAUCGAAGAGGACGUUAACACGGAAGAAGGCCACAAAUGGGAGACAGAAACAAACCCCAACACCCCCCUAAACCAAUAUCUACGGAAAGAAACACCAAACUAUGUGCAGUUUUACACAGAUGGGUCAAAAUGCAAACCAUCUGACAAAACGGGUUUUGCUGUUUACUCACCACAACGUUUUUCCCUAAAAACCAGAAUCAGCAAAAAAUAUAGCGUAUACGAAGCAGAAGCUUUUGCGAUCUUAAACGCAUUGAAGUACAUAAAAAAAUCCAACAUACAGAAAGCAGUAAUAUUCUCAGACUCCCUCCGCGUCCUUAACAAACUAUCAUCAAUAGACAAACUAGGUAAUGAUGAGAACAUUAUAUACGACAUUAAAGAACUAUACAUCAAAAUAAAACAAAACCGACAAGUCAUAAAAUUCAUUUGGAUCCCAAGCCACAAGGGAAUCGAGGGGAACGAAAAAGCGGAUACACUAGCAAAGGAAAGUACCAACAGACCACAAACCGACAUCAAGACCCUUCCAUACUCCCACACCCACCGAGAAUACAAAGAGGAAAUGAAAAACAACACAUGGAAAUAUGUCCAAGAACAGGCCAAACACAAAGGCACAUAUUAUUUCAAAAAAUUCGCCGAAAAGACAACAACAGCCUGGUUCCGCAAUUCAUCCAUGAAACGGGACAACAUAACCCUCAUAAACAGACUUAAGUCCAAUCAUACACGAGUAAAAGCCCACCUGUUUAAAAAAAAUAUAAUAAAUUCCCCUGAAUGCCACUGCGGACACCCAACCAAGACUUAAACCAUAUAUUCUUCAAUUGCCCCACAAACAGAGACAACUCAGACCAACUGAAAAUCAAACUAUGGCACAUAAAUCCAACAGUAAAUCACGACAUCACUGAAUUAAUAACCACGGAAGACGAAUCCAUAUUUCGUCUAUUAUACAGUUUCACACAAUACGCAAAAAUAGACAUAUAGAACUACAAACAACGAUUCAAAACUGCCGCCAAUCCAACCAGCCUCCUCUAUCAAGCAAUGAACCAAAGAUACAUAACCUAGUACAGCAGCAACGACAUACAAUCACACGACGUAAGAGCUGAGUCACCCUAACCCCCACAAACUCGUGCAAUUAAAAACUGGCUUUAGUAGAGUAAACCCUUGGGUACUCUGGGGCCAAAAAAAACAACAACAACAUAUUACCCUAACCUCAAAUUUUUCUUUGAUUUGUCAUGUUACAGGUUAUUAUGGUGGUCACAUGUAGGUCAUAGAAACUUCAUCAAGAUGUG